AUGAACAAACUAGUGGUAUUGGACGGCGAUUUCAAAUCUGAGCUACGUCGCCAUUUUCUGAUGGCCUCAACUUUCGGGGAAGAUUUUCCUUUAAAGGCACUCAAGGUGGAUCGGUGGUCCGUGUUAAAAACUCACUUAGCUUUUUUGCGCGCUGGAGCCCAGAUAAUAAGAACUAACACAUAUUAUGCGUCCUCGGGUGCCGUUGCCGCACAUUUGGAUUUACGUCUCAAUGAUUAUUCCACACUGAUAGAACGAGCCGUAAUAUUGGCCAAACAGGCCGUGACAAAGUAUGGCGAAGAGACAGGACAGGAUAUGAGUUCCGAAGAAUAUCAAUUACGCCGACCUUUAAUAGCCGGUUCCUGCGGUAGUGCCAUGGUAUCGAUCUCUGACGUUGUAUUUAAUAAACGUAGUAUAUCUGCUAAGUUCGCGAAUGAGAGGACGCAAUCUUACUUAGAGUUUUUUCACGAUCAGCGUGCACGAGAGUUAGUAGCAGCCGGCGUGGAUAUGUUGGCAUUCGAAUCUAUAUCUACUUUCCGCGAGGUUCUUUCGAUAUUUAAAGUGCUAAAGAAAUAUGAAACAGUCCGCGCUUGGAUUACGCUUUAUUGCCCCCAGGAUACAAAACUAAUGGAUGGUACAGAAUUUUCAGGAGUAGCUGCGUACUGUUAUAAUACACUACACAAACAAGAAAUUAUGGCGAUAGGAGUCGAAUGCGACUUUCCAGAAACAAUAAUGCCCACAAUACGGAACCUCAACGAUAGUUAUAAAGAUAAGAUACCUUGUGUGUUAUAUGCUGAUAAAAAUUACAUUUUACCUGUUACGGAAAAUACUGCUGGAUCCAGUACAAUGCUGCAACACAAUCACGUGCAGGAAUGGUGGAAUGUUGGAAUACGUUACAUUGGAGGUGGUAUCCACACAGUUGCGGAAGACAUACAACAGAUUCGCAAACAAGUGGAUAAUUUCUGCAAGUUCAAAAACGAGAUCUUUCCUUUCCAAAGGUCAUAUCCAUAUCGAAAAGAGAAGAGUCUAUCCGUGCUAUGA